AUGCCCAUCUCGUCACAUCACGUCCCGUCCCACCCAAUCCACUCCAUCACCCAAUACAUCCCAUUGAAGCCAACCCAUCCUUUCCAUCCCAUCUCAUCCGUUCCAUCCCAUCAUAUCCGUUCCAUCCCAUCAUAUCCGUUCCAUCCCAUCCCAUCCCUUCCAUCCCAUCUCAUCCCUUCCAUCCCAUCUCCAUUUAAUCCCAUCCGUUCCAUCCCAUCUCAUCCCUUCCAUCCCAUCUCAUCCCUUCCAUCCCAUCCCAUCCGUUCCAUCCCAUCUCAUCCCUUCCAUUCCAUCUCAUCCCUUCCAUCCCAUCUCAUCCGUUCCAUCCCAUCUCAUCCCUUCCAUCCCAUCCGUUCAAUCCCAUCCGUUCCAUCCCAUCUCAUCCCUUCCAUCCCAUCUCAUCCCUUCCAUCCCAUCUCAUCCCUUCCAUCCCAACCCAUCCGUUCCAUCCCAUCUCAUCCCUUCCAUUCCAUCUCAUCCGUUCCAUCCCAUCUCAUCCGUUCCAUUCCAUCCGUUCAAUCCCAUCCGUUCCAUCCCAUCUCGUCCCUUCCAUCCCAUCUCAUCCCUUCCAUCCCAUCCGUUCAAUCCCAUCCGUUCCAUCCCAUCUCAUCCCUUCCAUCCCAUCUCACCCCUUCCAUCCCAUCUCAUCCCUUCCAUCCCAUCUCAUCCCUUCCAUCCCAUCGCACCGUUCCUCCCAUCUCAUCCGUUCCAUCCCAUCUCAUCCCUUCCAUCCCAUCUCAUCCCUUCCAUCCCAUCUCAUCCCUUCCAUCCCAUCUCAUCCCUUCCAUCCCAUCCGUUCCAUCCCAUCCGUCCCAUCCCAUCUCAUCCCUUCCAUCCCAUCUCAACAGUUCCAUCCCAUCCAUCCGUUCCAUCCCAUCCCAUCUGUUCCAUCCCAUCCCAUCCUUUCUUUCCAUCGAGUCACCUUGUAGCGCGUCUAUCCGUGCAACGGGUUGUGCAGUGUGCACGGGGAGGCUCGAUGCGAGGAUCGUCACGAAAAGAAGAUAA